UGCAAUAUACUAUCCACGUUUUAGUAAAAGUCACGAUAAAACGAGAGUAUUUAGGCUUUUUAUAGCACCUUUAAAACAAGAAAAAAUUCAGAAAGAUAAUUUUGGGAGUUACUGAAGUAAGCAAUAUGGCUGACAAGUCGACUAUCGAAGGAAUCGGCCAACAAUUACUUGAUUCUUCAAGACCCCUCUCAGAACGAUUUCGUGCUCUUUUUACUCUUAAAAAUCUUGGUGGUACUACAGCUAUUGACUUUAUAUCUCAAGGAUUUGAUGAUCCUUCGGCUCUGUUAAAACAUGAACUGGCAUAUUGUUUGGGUCAAAUGCAAGAUACACAUGCAAUCCCUAUUCUAACAAAAGUUUUGAAAGAUAAAAAUCAGGAAGCAAUGGUCAGACAUGAGGCUGGAGAGGCUCUGGGUGCUAUUGGUUCUAUGGAUUCCCUUGAAGUUUUAAAAGAAUAUGAAAAUGACCCAGUAAUAGAGGUUUCAGAAACAUGUCAGCUUGCUGUAAGAAGAAUAGAAUGGUUGGAUAAUAAACAUACACUUGAGGGAGACAAAUUAAGUUCCAACCCAUAUAACUCUGUAGAUCCAGCGCCACCAGCCCUGGAUCUAGACAUACCAAAACUAAAGAAUCAAUUACUGGACGAAUCCAAGCCUCUCUUUGAAAGAUAUAGGUCAAUGUUUUCUUUGAGAAACGCUGGUGGCAGAGAAGCUGUGUUGGCUCUUGCCGAGGGACUUAAUUGUGAAAGUGCGCUUUUCAGGCAUGAAGUGGCAUAUGUUUUGGGUCAAAUGCAACAUGAAGCUGCUAUUGAACAAUUAGCUAAGAACCUUGCAGAUAAGGAUGAAAACCCCAUGGUCAGACAUGAGUGUGCAGAGGCUCUUGGGUCAAUAGCAAAGGAUGACUGUAUAAAUAUUCUUGAAAAGUACGCUUUAGACCAGGAAAGGGUUGUUAAGGAAAGCUGUGUAGUAGCAUUGGACAUGAGUGAAUAUGAACGUGGUGACCAAUUCCAGUAUGCAGACUCUCUAUCAAAGACCAAGCAGAGCAUAAAAACCCAAUCCUAGCUAAAUAAUAUCCAUAACAAUAACGAUAACUUAUGAUAAAUAAAUAUUUGAAAGAAA